UUUGCAGUAUUUACACAAAGCUUCCCCGACUUUUACCCUUGUUUGACUUUAUAGACUCUCAAGAUCGAACACCCAACUUCACUCAGCACUCAGCAGUAGAGUGGGCGCAAAUUUCUGCAACCAUUAGCCAGCCAUGGCGUUUCUGUUUAAAAGAUUUCAAGAGGCAGUCAAAGUGCUUGCGAAAAGUCCCACGUUUGCUAAGGAUGGAAGGCACCUUCAGUUCGAAGCCGAUAUGAACCGGCUUUUUCUUUAUACCAGCUACAACCGCUUGGGAAAGAAUGCUGAUGAAGCGGAUGCAGAUGAGAUCAUUGACAUGGCGAGUAAGGCCUCUCUAGCUGAGCAGCAGAAGCAAGUUCAAGAAAAUAUUCAUGAACAGUUAAGUAACUUUUGCAUGCACAUGGAUGAAAUUCUUCUCCCUGAUUCAAAGACGGGCAGUGGCAGUCCUGACAAGUCUUCAGAAAGAAAUGCUGCUCCCCGACGCAGUGGUCUUGGUCUUGCUGUUGGUGGUACUGCUACUUCUGAUAAUCCUGGCACAUCUGUGGUGGAAACAAAGCCAUUAAAGCGUUUUGAGCUCUCACAGAAACUAAAGGAUUUUACUGGAUACACUCUUGAAGUCAAGCCAUCUCAAAUUCAACACGAAGAUGCUGGCCAAGGUUUAUACUUGGAUGGCGAAGCUGAUGUGGGUUCCGUGAUAGCUAUAUACCCUGGUGUGAUAUACUCACCUGCAUACUACCGUUACAUUCCUGGAUACCCAAGAGUCGAUCUACAAAACCCUUAUUUGAUCACAAGGUAUGAUGGAACCGUGAUCAAUGCUCAGCCUUGGGGUUCUGGGGGUGAAACUCGUGAAAUGUGGGAUGGAGCAAGCAUUCCAGAACCUAGACUAAAUGCUGAUGGUGGUGAAACUGGUUCAGACCGAGUCUGGAAACUGCUUAAUAAACCUCUGGAUGGUGCAAAAGUAGGGAGUAAAGGAGAAGUACUGGAGAGGAGAAAUCCUCUGGCUUUUGCUCAUUUUGCCAACCAUCCAGCCAAAGAUAUGGCCCCCAAUGUAAUGGUCUGCCCCUAUGACUUUCCUCUAACUGAGAAGCAAAUGAGAACUUACAUACCAAAUAUCUCAUUUGGAAAAGGAGAAGAGGUAAAAAUGAAGAAGUUGGGCAGCUUUUGGUUUAAAUCCUGGAAGUCGAGCAGCUUGGUGACAGAUGUUCCUAUUCUCAAGACUCUAGUUCUCGUGGCUACCAGGGAAAUCUCUAACGAAGAGAUUCUCUUGAACUACAGGUUGAGUAACUUGAAACGACGACCUUCAUGGUAUACUCCUGUUGAUGAGGAAGAGGACCGAAGGAGGUGGAGCUAAGCCAAAUUGGUAGGAAGGGUCUACUUUAAGCACAGCAGUUUUGGUUGAGACUUAAUUCCAACAUUGUACUAGGAGGAUUGACACGAGCAGUAGUUUUUCGUUUCCCCUAGUUUUAGAUUUGAGCUGAGUUUCGCUCCUCACCGGUUUUAGUUUGGUCUGUAUUGAUUUGGCAGAAAGAAGAGUUCACUUGCCAGAUUAUCAUAGAAAUCCAUUCAUAAAACCCAAAAAGGUGAUCGUUAAUGGUGAAAUUAAUUCACCAAACAGUACAAAUUUGUGUUACGAUUCAUUAUUCAAGAAACCAAUUUUUCGUAAAUUAUUUAUUUGAUGGGAAGUGGCAUAGUGUCACCGCGUGAACAG